ACCCUCCACGAGCCUUCUUUGCUUAUAAAUAAGAGCGGUGGACAGCCCAAAACCCCUACCAAUUACCAUUACUAUAACUGUUGUCACUCACGACCACUUCAAAUCUACCACCAUAUUUUUUCCUCUUUCCUUUCUUCUAAUUCCACUUUCCAAGAUACCAUUUUUGGGUGCUAAAGCUCUGCAAAGUGAAAAAAAAAAUGGGUGUUUUGGAUCAUUUCCCUGACCUGUUUGAUUGCUCUACUGGUGGCUCCAAGCUCAAGAAACGCAAGCAACUGCAGACGGUGGAGAUCAAGGUGAAGAUGGACUGCGAAGGAUGCGAGCGGAGGGUGAAGAAGGCGGUGGAGGGGAUGAAGGGUGUGAAGCAAGUGGACGUGGAGCGCAAGGCCAACAAGGUGACCGUCGUUGGAUACGUGGAGCCCGCAAAGGUGGUGGCACGCGUCGCCCAUCGAACUGGCAAGAAGGCCGAGCUCUGGCCCUACGUCCCUUACGACGUCGUCGCUCACCCUUACGCUCCUGGAGUUUACGACCGCAAGGCUCCCGCCGGGUACGUGCGAAACGUCGAGGACCCGCAGAUUUCGCAGCUGGCACGUGCCAGCUCCACGGAGGUCCGAUACACCACCGCUUUCAGUGACGAGAAUCCCACCGCAUGUGCCAUAAUGUAGUGAAAUUAGGAUCGUAGAUUUAUAAUAAUAAUAUUUUAUGUGAUUUGUGUGCUGUAAUUUGUUAUUUUUUUGCUUGAAACAAGUCUUUCAGUUUCACUUGGUGAUUAGAAGCAAUUUUUUAGAACCAAAUCCUUAUUUCUGUACUUCGAUUGUACAUGUUGAUGGAUCUAUGGAUAUAAUUCUAUUUUUUUUUCCUGUAAUUAAUUAAGCUUUUAUUUUAA